UAGCAAAUAUCAAUCCAUUUGCUCGUCUUCCCACAGAAAUAACCAAAAACCAAAACACGUAGAAAACAAACAACGGGACGACCGCAUGGAUAAAUACCGGCGAAAGUCCUUGGAGUUCCUUUCUAUUUCCACAUUCUCUCAUUAGCAGCAGAUUCAUAAAGAGCCAUUUGUGUGUCUGGUUAAGAAUGUUGGCUAUAUUUCACGAAGCGUUCGCUCAUCCGCCGGAGGAGUUGCACAGUCCGGCGUCUCACAAGUGUCAGAAGCCGCCGAAACUUCCAGAGGAAACCCUAAAUGACUUUCUCUCUCGUUACCCUCGGAACACUUUCUCCAUGUCCUUCGGACAAGCCGCUGUUCUCGCCUAUGUCCGUCCCGCCGCCUCCUUCUCUGUUCACCAGAGGUUGUUUUGUGGGUUUGACGACAUAUACUGUCUGUUCCUGGGGAGCUUGAACAACCUGUGUCACCUGAACAAGCAAUACGGUCUGACGAAGACAACAAACGAGGCCAUGUUCCUGAUCGAAGCCUACCGUACACUCCGUGACAGGGGACCGUACCCCGCCGACCAAGUGGUCAAGGACCUCGAAGGCAGCUUUGCCUUCGUCGUCUACGACAGCAAGAACGGUUCUGUCUUCGCGGCUUUGGGGUCUGAUGGAGGAGUGAAGCUGUUCUGGGGAAUAGCGGCGGAUGGUUCGGUUGUGAUUUCUGAUGACUUGGAAGUCAUAAAAGAGGGAUGCGCCAAGUCCUUUGCUCCCUUCCCUACUGGGUGUAUGUUCCACAGCGAGGGAGGGUUGAUGAGCUUCGAGCAUCCGAUGAACAAGAUAAAGGCGAUGCCUCGAGUGGACAGCGAGGGAGUGCUCUGCGGUUCCACUUUCAAGGUGGAUGUGUACACACGUGUCAACUCCAUCCCCCGCCGUGGCAGCGAAGCCAACUGGUCUCUUCCCGCCGACUCCCAUUGAUGACGACGAUGAUGUUCCAUCUCUACCUUCUUUACCUCUUCUGUUUUUCUCUCUGUCACGUACUCUUUUUUUUUUUUGCCUUCAUCCUCUUAAUAAUAAAAAUGUAAUUACGGGUUUUGUUAAAAUAAACGUCUACUUUCCAAUGUCA